AUGAAAUUAAAAAUGUUUUAUAUCGUUAAUAGCAAGUCCUUUAUGCUGAACUUUUUCCUGCGAUACCUGCAGUCCGGUUGCGGCACAACCGACGACUGGCUCGGCUCGACAGACACCCCACUCAAGGGGUUCUCGUGGAGGGGCGGCAGUGAGAGGGACACCACUGGUAUACUGAUGUGGUCGGAGCCGUUUCUUAUCAAACUGGACGACGGCCAGGAGGUGGCCAUCGUUUUAAUGGACACUCAGGGGGCGUUUGACUCGGAGAGAAAUAAUAGUUUAGUGAUGUUUUAUAUCGUUAAUAGCAAGUCCUUUAUGCUGAACUUUUUCCUGCGAUACCUGCAGUCCGGUUGCGGCACAACCGACGACUGGCUCGGCUCGACAGACACCCCACUCAAGGGGUUCUCGUGGAGGGGCGGCAGUGAGAGGGACACCACUGGUAUACUGAUGUGGUCGGAGCCGUUUCUUAUCAAACUGGACGACGGCCAGGAGGUGGCCAUCGUUUUAAUGGACACUCAGGGGGCGUUUGACUCGGAGUACACCGUCCGGGACUCGGCCACUGUGUUUGCGCUGUCAACUAUGACCUCAUCAAUACAGGUGUUCAAUCUGAUGCACAAUCUCCAGGAGGACAACCUUCAGGUGUUGGAGAUAUUCACCGAAUACGGCCGACUGGCGCUCGAGGCCACCGACGAGAAACCCUUUCAGAAGCUACUGUUUCUUAUACGGGACUGGAGUUUCCCAUACGAACACCCGUACGGUCUGACCGGCGGUCAGAGCCUACUCGAGAAGAAGUUGGCCAUUAAGGAUAACCAGCCGACACAAUUGCAACGCGUCCGGCGCCACAUUCGCUCCUGUUUUAGCGAUAUUGGCUGCUAUUUAAUGCCACAUCCGGGCAACAAAGUGUCCACUAAUCCCCGCUUUGACGGCCGAGUGGCCGAUAUUGACGGCGAGUUUGUCGACUAUCUGAAGACAUUUGUGCCGCUGAUGUUAGACCCGAAGAAUGUGGUCGUGAAGGAGAUCGGCGGCCGUCAGGUCACUGGCAAACAGUUGAUGGAGUACUUCAAAGUGUAUAUCAAUGUGUUUGCAGGCGAAACAAUGCCCGAACCCAAGUCGAUGCUGGAGGCCACGGCCGAGGCCAACAACCUGACCGCAGUGGCCACAGUCAAAGACACGUACGUGGCCUCCAUGGAGGACAUCUGCGGCGGCGAACGUCCCUUUAUUAACCCCAAGACACUGGAGACCCGCCACCAGGAGCUGCGCGCGGAGGCCAUGGAUCUGUUCGAUAAGAUACCGAAGAUGGGUGGGCGCGAGUUCUCCGAGUCCUAUAGGGAACAGUUGGUGAUGGAGUUGGACCAGACGUUUGAACAUUUUGAGGCCCAGAAUAAGAGCAAGAAUAUGUUUAAUAUCUUCGGGACACCGAUGGUUUUGCUGGUGGCGUGCGUUGUGCUGUUCAUUGUGUCCCGUUUUUGCGAAAUACUUGGUCUCUCGCCGAUCGCUAACCUGGCCUUCAUUGUGGGCACCGUUGACUUGGGUGUACUCAUCACUUACCUGUUCUUCCGAUACAGUGGUAAUUAUCCCGAUGUCAUCCUAUUCAUCGACUUCUACUCCGAGAUCAUAUGGCGUCACUUUUUAGCGUUUAGUACAGUAAUGGAUUUCUUUUUCAAGAUAAUGGCAAACGCUGUGGAAAAUCGUAUGCAAAUUAACGGGUCGGGCGGUGGGAACCGGACUACGAGUGCGAACACCACGAGCACCGGUACCCGAUCUCCAGGCAUGACUACUACGGCCCACCCGUUGGGCGCAGAGGGCUUACGGCGAUCGCCAUCUAAUCGGAAAAUGCAGUGAUAAUUGUGUUUUGAAAACAG